AUGAUGGAUGCUACACAGCUUAUAGGUACAGAUGGUCCCAAAGUCAAUGUAUAUAAGAAUUGGAAUAUCCCAGGUAAAAUUCGGUGGCUUUCCACAGAAUCUUCCUUCAAAGAAAGUCAGGUGGAAAGCAAAUCCUCAACCUCAACUGAUCCUUUAUCGGCCACAAAUAUCAACUGCAAUGAGGGAGGACCAAAACAAAAGUUCGCAUUUGUCGAUUUAUCAUCUUCUGGGACAAAAACAGAUGUCAAUGUACGAAAGUUCGUACGGAAGCAUGUGAGGAAUGAUUUCAUAAGCAAAACGACUCGGAAAAGUAAAGGGAAUCCGAAACUCCGUUCGAAAUGUAUAAAACCUUUCGUGGAGCCCAAGUCUGUCACAUCUGAUUAUCACAAACAUGAUGGUCUUAUUAUUGAGGAUCUCAUCGGGUUUCCGACUGCACUCAGCUUGUCUCCAUGGCCUAUUGAGAUGACGACAAGAACGCACCGGUUGCUGAGUCGAUAUUUUACGCAUGUUAGUUCGAGAAUGUACCCGUUAUCCAGAUAUCUUUCUUCCAAUCCUCUACGUUCAGAUGAAUGGUUUCGUUUUACAAUCAACGAUGCAGCAAUGUUUCAUGCGAUAUUAUAUGCUGGCGCAAUCUAUCUCUCCUUGCUUCAAGGUGGGAAAGACUCGGAAGAUUCUGUGUACCACCUUGGCAAAACCUUAGAAAUAGUCAAGGAAAAACUUCAGAAUGGGAAACCAGCAGACGAUAGCACUAUUGCUGCUUUGUCGUGUGUAGCUUUGGGAGAAGCAAAUACAGGCCAUUCAGAUUUAUGGCAUAUUCAUAUGCGUGGCAUACAACAAAUGAUAACUACGCGAGGCACGAUGUCGUCUCUUCCUAUGAUUAUACAGACGAAACUUCGUCGGUCUGAUAUCACUGGUGCGAUUGAUUAUGCUGCUGAGCCAUAUCUUUACUAUAAGCCACGAAGUCAUUCUGAAAUAUCAAUAUCUAAAAUUCUACCGGUGCAUAGGAUCCGUGCCAUCAAUAGUUACACUGAAAAUUCACUCGCUAGAUGCGGUAUUCACUCAAAUCUCAUACGGAUAAUGCAAUAUCUAGCUAUCUUUUACCAGUCCAUACAGUUCGCCUCAUUAAGCAGAAUUCUUCUCGACCCAGGAGAUUUUCUCGAUGAUAUUUACUGGAUUGAGUAUGAAUUGUUAUCAUUUCCCCUGUCUCUAGAAGGAAACCGAGAACCUAUUGUCGACAAAGCAACUCGUAUCGGAGCUCUACUAUUCAUGAAGUCGAUACUUGAAGAAUACCCACAUUCUUCUACUGGUCCUUCUAUCCUCUUACAACAAUUACAAGAAUCUCUGUCCACAAUUGAUACCGCGACAACCACAGAACAAACAUGUCAAUGGCUGAUUUGGUUAUUUACUAUUGGAGCUGUUCAUUCAAAGCGGGAUCAUAUCACACGAACUUGGUUUGUGGAGCAAUUGGCGGGGUUGCAUAUGGAGCGCCUGAGAGAUUUACUAAUUGACGGGCAAGUACAUGCAGAGCUACAUGCAGAGAAAUUAGAAGAACAAGACGAAGGAGAGCUUCAUUUGUGGAGAUUAUUGAACCUGAGACAAGUUAUUGCAGAGAGAGAUCUCUUCCUACUUCGGGAUGAUAUUGCUCGGUGGAGACGAGAAUCUUACGGUUUUGGGGAAGGGAAUUGA